AUGGCACCUAAAGUCCUCGUCGUCCUCACCAGCAAGGAUGUAAUGAGCAAGAAGCCCACCGGCGAGCUGAGCGAGGCCGAGAGGAAGCAGGCUCAGCCCACUGGGUGGUACCUUCCCGAGUUCGCCCACCCCUUCUACGCGCUCACCGGGAAGGACGCCGGUGGCAAGAAGCUGAGCCCUCCCAUGGCAGAGAUCACGGUCGUCUCUCCCAAGGGCGGCGAGGCUCCAAUCGACCAAAAGUCCGUCGAGAACUUCAAAGACGCCGACUCGGUCCAGUUCUACGAGACAGAGAAGAAGCUCUGGGCCGAGACUCAGCCCCUGCAGAACUUCAGGGGCCGGGCUUCCGAAUUUGAUGCCAUCUUCUACCCCGGAGGGCACGGCCCCAUGUUUGAUCUGGUCGAUGACAAGGACUCGCAGCAGCUCAUUGCUGAGUUCUACAGCGCUGGGAAGACCGUGGCUGCCGUGUGUCACGGCCCUGUUGUCUUUGUCAAUGUCAAGAUUGAUGGCAAGCCUCUGCUUCAAGAUCGCCAGGUCACUGGCUUCAGCAACGAGGAGGAGGACAUCAUUGGCCUCACCUCUUCCAUGCCCCAGCUACUUGAAGACGCGGUCAAGAAGAGCGGUGGCAUCUACGUCAAGGCUGACAAGCCCUGGUCCGAGAAGGUUGUCGUCGACGGCCAGUUGAUCACUGGUCAGAACCCGGCCUCGGCUGCUGCUGUCGGAAAGGCUCUUGCACAGGCACUAGGCCUCUAA